AUCUAUUACGCCACAUUAAAUGGACCAUGAGACACUGGGAUGCGGCACAGAAUACCUGACACAGUGCCGCAUUUACUGUACUGAAUGUCUCUCCUGCCGUGUCCUCGCCGUUGUCAACCAACCCCUCAGCCGACCCGACCAGAACCACGGCUGGAGUUGAAGAGAUUGGAACACCGGAAAUAUUGGCCCAGAGGCAAACCAGUACAGACGCUAGAUUGCUCGACAAGCUGCUUUUAUCUUGAGCGCUCACUAGUUAACCUUUUGGCAACGAGACAUCGACAUGGCCACGCACAAUGUUGCUGUCGCCGUUGACAAACGGGAGUCUAUCCCUGGUCCGUCACCGCUCCCACUGUUGGGGAAUAUUCGAGACAUCGAUGUCAAAAACACUGUUAGAAGUCUGAAUGAGCUCGCUGACUCUUAUGGACCAAUCUACCGCUUGAAACUCGGCGUCGCCAAUGUCAUAAUCAUUUCCAGCUAUGGACUCAUCAAUGAAGUCUUGUCCCGGAAGGAGUUCAUCAAGUAUCCCGUUGGGACCGUGAUGCGCAUGAGAGACGUGAUUCAUGACAGCCUCAUCACCGCCUUCCACCAUGAGGAAAACUGGGCGAUUGCACAUCGCACCUUGGUUCCUGCUUUUGGACCCUUGGCCAUCAAACAAAUGUUUGGCGAGAUGCGUGAUAUUGGCUCUCAGCUCGUGCAGAAGUGGAUUCAUUCGGGGCCCACGACUGCUAUCGACGUCGCAGCAGAUUUGCAAAGUCUUGCGUUGGACACACUUGCGCUGUAG